AUGGUCCUGUUGCUCCAGGCAGCAGCAAUAACCCUGCUGCUGGCCUCCCUGCCUGGAUCACUCUCUACUCCGUCUCAGCAUCUGUGCGGCUCCAACCUGGUGGACGCGCUUUACCUUGUGUGCGGGCCUAGGGGCUUCUUCUACUCCAGCAGAAGCAGGAGGGAUCUGGAGACUUUGCUGGGUGAGGGCUUUCUGCGAACGUGCAUCUGCGUGGUUGUUAAGUGGUGGAACAUUUCGAAUGUUAAGCGUUGGCUUCCUCUUCCAGCUUUGCUCUCCGAUCACGAGGUAGCCGAGGCCGAUCCAAUAAAACAGAAGGUGAUGAUGAAGAUGAAGAGAGGGAUUGUGGAGCGGUGCUGCCACAGGCCCUGCACCAUCUACCACCUGGAGGACUACUGCAGCUGA